AUGGAUGACCCGUUUGAGAGUGUUCUCUCCUUGGAACAACAAUUUUACCAGGAUGGAUACAAUGAAGGAUACCAGAAAGGUGUGGAAACACACUUUAAAGAGGGUAAAGAAUAUGGAGUUCAAACAGGCUUCCAGAAAUUCGUAUUUCUAGGUUUCAUCCAAGGGUUCACCAAGAACAUAUUAGCUUCAGACCAAGAGAACGUCAAAGUGAAAGAAAACGCUCUUCAGAUCGAAAGUAUUUUAGAGCCUUUACAAGAUCACACUUCUAACUCUGAUGCUGACCAUGAACUCCUUGAAUCCGCUCUUAAAAAAUGUCGUAAUAAACUGCGGGUUAUUUGCAAUCAAAUGCAACAUAAAACUUCUCUGAGUCAGAUGGAAAAUUUGUGCUUGGAUAUUACAGGAAAAAUUCCUGGUGAGAUUUUGGAAGAUGCUUGGUAA